CCCUCACAGGAUGCAUAUAAAUAUAAAAUACGUAAGGACACAAAGUGAUUGUUGGAGGACCAUUAGGCAUAAAAGAAAACAAAAUUCUGAAACAAAGGAACAUCACAAAUGCUUUUGUUUAUUUGUGUUCUUCUUACUGCUGUAACACAGAUCAAUGCAGGACCAUCUGCUGGCUUCGAGUUUUCCAAAAACUUAAAAGCUUUGAUAUACGGUAGACCCGAUUCCUGUAAAGAUGUCUUCAGUAACACAUCAAGAGUUGUGGUCAUUCUUUCCAGCGGACUUGAGGUCAUGUGCGACACAGACACUGAUGGCGGAGGGUGGACAAUCUUUCAAAGACGAAUUACUGGAAAUUUAAGUUUCUACAGAGGAUGGGAAGAAUACAAAUAUGGUUUUGGUGAUGUGGCUACGGGAGAAUUUUAUCUUGGGAAUGAGAACAUACAUCAAAUAACAACAAAACGAAGGCAUCAGCUUCGAAUCGAUUUGACCUUUAACCAAGCAAAAUUCAGCGCCACAUAUUCUAGGUUUAGUUUGUACGGAGAACCAGAAGGAUACAGACUAAAAGUUAGCUUCUAUUCGGGUAACGCUGGAGAUAAUCUUGGACAAUUUGAUAAUGUUAAAUUUACGACGUUUGACAAAGACAAUGAUAUCUAUGCUGGGAACUGUGCUGAUUUAUAUAAAGGUGCUUGGUGGUACACUAGCUGUCACGCAGCUAAUCUGAAUGGGAUUUGGGGAAGCAUUGAAUACGGAACUGGACUUAACUGGCAUAAUACUACAGGAUACUACCAAUCAGUGACGAUGAGUGAAAUGAAAUUUAGAGAAAUUUAAUACCAAAAAAAAGGCAUUACUAUUAUUUUAGUUUUGUUAAAGAAAUGCUUUAUUUCAUUUUCUCUUAUGUAAAUUAUUUUGUUAACCUUAUUCAUUCCAAUGUUGGUUUAUUUUAUUUUAUUUUUUUAUUUUUUUUUUGCUUUUUUUUUUCUGUUAUAAUACUAUAUUAUGAUUAUGAUCAUGCAAAUCUAAUGAAGAUUUUAAGAUAAUUGAUAAUAAGUAGCAUUUUGUUUAUUAUUUGUAAAACUGCUUGUUUUUACACAAUAAAGAGAUAUUCUAAUAUAUUGUGUAGGCGCAAAUAUUCUUGAUUCUUUGGUUCGUUGAGUGACUGACCUAUAACUAAUUACCCCAGUUGCCUUGGACGAAAAAAUACAAACAUUAACCAGUUGUUGUUUUUAUUCUUGCACCAGGCAUUACUAAGCACAUUUUAUUAUCGAAACCGCAGCGUUUAAAUUUACCCUAUUAUUCUUUAUUACCUAAUUCGACUCAACAUGUUUUUGAAGACGUCAUAAUAAAAAACAAUAGCACUU